GUCGCAUGCGCCUGUCCGCACUGAGUCAGGCGGGCUCUUUAGUAUCGCUGCAUUUUCUCAUAAAUAUUCCGGAAUAAGUGAUACGAUUCAAAAUGAAACGCGAAGACAGCUUACUACUCGGCGAUGCACUGUCAAAUGAUCAACUUCUCUUUGAAUACUCGCCGGCAGAGAGUCUUAUUAACUUCGAAUUACCAUCAAGUCUCAGCAAUAACUUCAACGACUGGCAACUUAGUGAUCUGGACUUUCAAUGUGAUGCGUUUAUUAACGGUAUCAACGAUUCAAACAGAGACAGUUCAAAUUUCGAAGUCAGCUCACCUCUACUUUUCGACUUUGACGACUUCGAUGACAAGAACCUGGAGGAUUACCUCCUUGGCGCUCUUACGAACGAUACAUCCAGCGAUCUCCUGCAGUCUGCGACAGACUCUAACGACAGUGGCAGUGAUGCCGAUUUAGGAAGACUUUCGGUGCUUGGAAUCGACUUAGAUUCGACAUGUGUUCAGGACAUUCAAUACGAUCAAAAAGGUUACGAGGAAAACAGUGAAACAGUGCGGAUACAAGAUACAAAAGUGCGUUCGUGGGGUGAGCCGUCGUUCUGCCCGAAACUCGGUGCAUUCCGGUGUCCGGUGGAGGAGUGCGGGAAGUUAUACGCAAAAGCGUCGCACGUGCGUGCGCAUCUGCGGCGGCAUAGCGGCGAGAAGCCUUACCGGUGCACGUGGGGAGGGUGCAGUUGGCGGUUCGCGAGGUCGGACGAGUUGGCGCGGCACUGGCGGAGCCACUCGGGGGACAAGCCGUACCGCUGCAGCGAGUGCGGCAAGAAGUUCGCGCGCUCCGACCACCUAGCGAAGCACGGCCGUGUUCACGCUCGCCGCGCGGCCGCCGCAGCGGGGGCCGUUGCGGCUGCGAAACGCACUACCGCACAAUCUUACCGCACUAGGAGACUUUUCUAGCUACACUUAUACCAGUGUUUGUUUGUGAUCAAGUGACUGAACUGUUUGAGAACGCAAGCUGAGACUAUACACAAAUGUGUGUCGUACCCAAUGACUUAUACUUAUGUAUAAUACGCCGUACCAAAGAUCGCGCUGGCGCGUUUUAUUUAUAAGCGACUUAAUUAAGAUCUCUCUAAUUAGAUAAUAAUGUUAAUAUUACCUAGGUAGUGUUUUCUCUCAUAAAAAAGUUGUUUCUUUUUUAUCGUGUUUAGAUGGUAUUUGCCUAAAAUGCCUCUGUUUGCGUUAUUAUAAGUGAAAUUUCUAGCGUUGUAGGAUUAGUUAGGAAUAAAAUUGUCCGCAUAACGGUGGAGUCCGGAGACGGACCGGAACUGAGUCAUCCUAACCGGACCUUGAGUUGAAUGUAUACAAGCAGUGAAGUGAAGUGCGAGAAAAUUAUAAUAAUCUGACUAUACCGUCAGAUAAAUUCCGAAAAAAUAAUUUACUAAACAUUUAUACAGCACCGCACCGUCCCCAUCUCACUUUCAAUGAAACACUACCAAUGUUUUUUUAUAACUCGUAUUGAAGAAAUAGUUUGCCAUUUUACAUAAUCUGCUUAGGGCUUCCGUGAGGGAAUCGGUACUCUGCAUACAAAAUUCGCCUCGCUAGUGCAUAAAAAAAAUUUUUGAAUCCAUCUGAUUGAAUUUAUGUUAAAGAACUUACAUCUUGUCAUAAUUGGGUGCAAAAAGAAAUGAGGCGAUUAUUUAUUUUUUAAUCAAAAACAAAAUCAUAUUGAUACAAACUUAAUAUAAAAAAGACGUUUAACCUAAGUUAGCUUAUUAAGAACAUUGAAUAUAAGAAUCUCAAUUGGCAGUAGCAAAAUAAUUGUGUGUAUGACAAUUACAUAGUUACAUUAGUAGCAACAGCUGUCGUGAUAUGCAAAAGGAGCGCUGAAGAACGACCUCCCAGUUGACAAUGCAUAAAAUACGCAUAUGAUUACGAGUUACGAUUAUGCUAGACACAGGAAAAGGUCUGCAGGCUGCAGCUAUGCGCCCGAAUUUACUAUUCAAAGGAUAUCUAAACUGUGGCAUACAGACCAGUUACCCGGUAGUUAGAUCGGUACCCUUUGAAUAGUCAAAGUCAAAGUCAAAUAUUUCUUUAUUCAAUUAGACACGUAUAUGGCACUUUU